AUGACUGACAAAUUUUACAUCACCACUAGGAGAGAAGACAAAUCUUAUGUGGUCUUGCCUCCUGAAGAAUUCUUGGUAACUGCAGAGCUACUCUACUGGAAUGAAUCAACACAUGAAACAAAUCAUUCUGUGGUGACCGAGUUCAUUUUUCUUGGACUCUCCAAUUCUCAGGAACUUCAGAUUUUCCUGUUUCUGUUCUUUUUGGUGUUCUAUGUAGGAAUUGUGUUUGGAAACCUUCUUAUUGUCAUAACUGUUGCUUCUGACUCCUACCUUCACUCCCCCAUGUACUUUCUGUUGGCCAGCCUCUCACUCAUUGAUCUGUCUUUGUCCUCAGUCACAGCUCCCAAGAUGAUUACUGACUUUUUCAGCAAGCACAAAGUCAUCUCUUUCAAGGGCUGUCUGGCACAGAUAUUUCUCCUUCACUUCUUUGGUGGGAGUGAGAUGGUGAUCCUAACAGCCAUGGCCUUUGACAGAUAUGUAGCAAUUUGCAAGCCCCUGCACUACACUACAAUUAUGUGUGGGGAUGUGUGUGUAGGCACUGUGGCUGCUGCAUGGGGAAUUGGCUUCCUCCACUCAGUGAGGCAGUUGGCGUUUGCACUGAACUUAUCCUUCUGUGGUCCCAAUGAAAUUGAUAGCUUUUAUUGUGACCUUCCUCGGGUAAUCAAACUAGCCUGCACAGACACCUACAGGUCAGAUAUCAUGGUCAUCGCUAACAGUGGUAUGCUUACCAUGUGUACUUUUGUUCUUCCAAUCAUCUCCUACACUGUCAUCCUAACGACCAUCCAGCAUCAUCCUUCAGAUAGGUCAUCCAAAGCUCUGUCCACUUUAACAGCUCACAUCAUAGUAGUUCUUUUGUUUUUUGGACCAUGUAUCUUCAUUUAUGCCUGGCCUUUUCCCAUUAAGCCUUUGGAUAAAUUCCUUGCUGUGUUUUAUUCUGUGGUCACUCCUCUCUUGAACCCCAUUAUAUACACACUGAGGAACAAAGACAUGAAGACAGCAAUGAUACGACUGAGAGAUCGAAAUGUGUUUUCCAGGGUAAAGUCAGAUCUGUGA